AUGCAAUAACUGUCUAGUGAAGAAAAUUUAAUAGAGGAAUUUUUACAAUUUAUAAGGGAAUAUAUAACUAAAUUUUCACAACAAAAUAACAAUAAAGAAGAUGAAAUAAAUUUUAAUCUGACAUACGAUAACAAAGUUGAGAAAAGCCAAUCCUAAAUUGAAUCAGGGAUAAAAAGUGAAUUAUACAAUAAUCUAAAGCUUGAGGAUUUAUAACAAGUUGAAAGUUUGGUAGAAAAAAUUAAAAUGAAUAUUUUUCCAUAAAAUUUUUUGAGGCCAAUAAGUAUACAAAAAUAACCUCAAAAAUGUUAGGAUAUUUGUUUUAAUAAUGAUAAUUCUUUAAUUGCUACAACUUAAGAUUCUAAAAUAAUUCUUUGGAAAUUUGAUGGAAAAUAACCAAUUAAAAUUUAGUCCUUAUAAGGGCAUGAUAAUGAUGUAGCUUGCCUAUUAUUUAGUUAGAAGACUUAAAAUACAUUAAUAUCUGGAGGAGGAUUGAAUGAUGGAAAGAUUGUGUUGUGGUAAAAAAAAGAAAUAGAAUAACCCUGGAUUCAAAUAAAUACUCUUCCACAAUAUCAAAAUGGUGGAAUUAGAUGUAUGAUAUUUAGUAAAAAGGAGAAUUUUUUAUUUGUUGGAUAGUCUAAUGGAUUUAUUCAAAUAUUUAAUGUGAUGAAUAAUUUUUAAUAGAUUACUUUCUAUCAAAAACCAAAAUAAUACUCAAAUAAGUAAGUUUUUGGAAUCAGCCUUAAUGAUUCUGAAUAAUAAUUUGUAACUUGUCAUGACGCAAACUAUUUAGUACUGUGGUAAAAAAAUAAUGAAUGGUAACCUAUUAGAACAAUUGAAGAUCCUAAUUUUGUUUCUUUUGGUUGUAGAAUUAAAUUUGUUGAUUAAUUUAUCAUUUUUUUAGACAAAAUGGGUUAUUUACAUUUUCUUGAAUAAUCAAGUCAAACAUAUCAAUUUAAAAAAAAGAUCCAAGUAGAUGAUAAAGAAUAAGAUUAUUUUAAUUUUCCUAUUUCUUAUAAUAAUUAAAAAAGACUGUUUGUUAUAAAACAUAAUAAAUUUGUUCAUUUUAUAAAAAGAGAUGAUAAAAAUAAUUUUGCUAAGAUUAAUUCAAUUAUGGAAUCAAAUUUAAAAUUGUUUGGAAAGGUAUCAGAAGAUGGAUCCUAUUUAGCUACAUGGUGCUAAGAAAUGUUCAAAAUAUAUGAUUUAAGCAAAAUAAAUUGA